AUGACGAUCUCCAUUUACGCCCUCUCCAUCGCCCUCAUACCUUACACCACACUGCUUCUACCCACAAACAUCCCAAUCCCAACUUCUCUUAUCCAACCGCUCAUCGCUUUUAUUUCUUUUCUGCUCCUCUCCACCAUCCUCUCACACACCUACGACAUCCUGCGGCGUCCUGCCAACCCACAGAAGUACAAGAUAAUCCGCUAUCGCGACCUUCCAGGACCACGGGCAACCAGCCUCAUCUGGGGACUCGAGAAGGACUUGUACGACGAUUCCCCUCCAGGCCGACUACUAGAGCGCUGGUCAAAAGAGUACGGCGGGGCAUACAGAUUCCGGGGUGUCUUCGGAGCGAAAAACAUCACCCUCACUACCCCGGCAGCGCUGCAUCAUGUCCUCACCACAUCAGUCUAUCUCUACCCUAAACCCCUAGGCGGCCGGCUCUGGCUAGGUAACCUGCUAGGCCAGGGAGUGCUCGUCUCCGAAGGCCAAGUGCACGCAAGACAGAGAAAGCAGCUAGCACGGGCGUUCACACCCCAAGCACUCAGGGGGCAGCAUGCGAUCUUCGAGCGUCUAGCAGAAGGAGUCGUCGAUGCUUGGAAGUCUCUUCUUGCCCGCUCCCCCUCUUCAGGGGAAGGAGGGGAAGGGGAAGGGACGACAAUCGACGUCCAGUACUGGGCUAACCGGCUUUCGCUGGAUGCGAUCGGCCUAGCUGGGUUCGGGUACUCUUUUGGCUCGCUAGAGUCUGCCGUUGAGGGGACAGAACAACAUCCCCUGGCGAGGACGUUCGACAAGCUUACGGAUUCGAGUGGGACUUAUGCGGCGUUCGUCCUCCGGGCGGUGUUGUUCGUCUGGCCUGGCGUGCUGAGGAUACCGAGUAAGAGGACGAGGAGCAUCGGGGAAGUCCGCAACUCUCUUGGAGGGGAAGUGAAGCGCGUACGAAGGGAAGCUGACCAGGAAGGCAAGACCGUCAUCGGUAUCCUAGAACAACAAGCAGCAGCAGAAGGGAGCGGGAUAGCAGACGAAGAGGUCGAAGCGCAGAUAAUGACACUCGUGUUCGCCGGGUACGAAACGACGUCCACGGCCAUAGCGUGGGCGUUGUACGAGCUCGCUCUCCACCCCAGCUCUCAAUCCGAGCUCCGGGCCCAACUCCGGCUCUCCCCCGACUAUCCCCUCCUGUUGGACGCAGUGAUAAGGGAGACACUGAGGCUGCACCCGCCUGUGCUAGACUUGCACAGGAUGGCAGAGCAGGAGGACCUUGUUCCUCUCGGUGAGGGGAAGGCGCUCUGGGUCGAGCGGGGAACGGUAGUGUACGUACCGCUCAAUGUGCUCUCUAACGAGGGUCGGGAAGCUCGCUGGAACCCCGAGCAAUGGCUCGUCCCCACUGAGGGGAAAGAGCGAGAGCGAGAUAUACAAUGGGCGUUCUCCGACGGCCCGAGGGUGUGUAUAGGCCGCGCCUUCGCACUGGGAGAGAUACGCACCGUCGUCGCUGCCCUCCUGAGGGAAUUCGAGUUCGCACCAGAGGGGGAGAAGGAAGUGGAACCGUUUUACAGCUUUGUGGUUAGGCCGAGGGUGAGGGGAGAGAGGGGGAGUACGCUGCCUCUCCGUGUGAGGAGGGCGGCGUGA